AUGCUGGGAGGACAAGUGGACCCCAGCUCCCCGUGGCAGCGCCCCCGCCAGCCUCUCCCCGGGGACCAGGACACAGCACCCACGGGCGGCCCAAACCGGGAGGGCCACCCCCGGCCCUGCGUGAAGUGCGGGCAGGGCUCUGCCGCCCUCGUCAUCCGCCUCGGGGACGCCUUCUGCUUGGAGAUGCGGGGCUCAGGGGCACUGGGGCUCGUGCACAAGUUCCGCGCGAUGCUGGGCAAGAACCGCGUCAUCUUCCCGGGAGAGAAGGUGCUGCUGGCGCUGUCAGGGGGGCCGGCCUCCAGCGCCAUGCUCCGGCAGGUCCAGGAGGGGCUCCGCCGGGGGCUGCUGCGGCUCUUUGAGGCCGUGGAGACGCCGACGGCGAGAGAGGAGCUGCUGCAGAUGCUGCGGACCCACCUCAUCCUGCAGACGGCCCGGACCAGGGGCUACGCCAAGGUGAUGACGGGCGAGAGCUGCACCCGCGUGGCCGUCAAGCUCCUCACCAACCUGGCGCUGGGUCGCGGUGCCUUCCUCGCUGUCGACACGUCGUACUCCUGCCCUUCGGCUUUUGCAGAGGAGGAGUUGGCCCUGGAGCCCACGCUGAUCACGGAGGAGCCAGAGCCAGCGGGGGACGGGGCUGAGAGCAGAGCUGCCUUCAUCCCGCUGCUGUGCUACAGCUGCCGCCUCACCUUCAAGGAACUGGGCCCCCUCGCCACACUGCCGCCCUACGUGCGCGCCGAGGCCCAGCGCAGGAUCCACAGGGCGCAGAUGAAGCAGCAGAGCCGGGAGGUCCCGCUGGAGGACGAGGAACCCAGCGAGAGCUGAAGGGGCUGGGAACUGCAGGGGACCCAGACCCCCAUCUCUCUGGGGCACCGGCGGGGCUGGGUGACAUCCCCCCCCUCCAGGGAUGCGGAUGCCCCAUAGGAUGGCGGGGGACCAGAGCCCCUGGGGACUCCUGGCGCCCAGGCAGCUGCUUUUACGCUCCAUUUUGGUUACAGCCAGGGGGCAGGGAGAGCCCCCAGCCCCCAUUAGGUAGGGGCCAGGGGUGCUGGUACCCCCCCCGGGCGCAGCAGGUCCCCGGUCCCACCCUGCACCCCCCUCUCCCCAUCCCAGCUGGGUGUCAGCCAGGGAGGCUUCAG